CAACAUUCCUGAAGUUAAGAAAUUCAGCCCAGUUGCUAUUUUGUACCAAGCACUUCAACCUCCUAUAAUUGAUGGAAUUCGGAAGCCAUUAAAACCUGGAGGUUAUAGUGAUAGCAGAGCUGAUAUCGCCUAUUCUGUGAGAUCCAACAAUAUUCCUAUAGUUACCCCUGUUGAUAAUCCUAGUCCAAUUUCUGAUUUGGAUUGGGGUUUUCCUGACACAGAAGAAGGAAUAAGUACAACAAUUUCAAAAGUUCCUCGUGCAAUUCUUAUUGUAAAUUCUACAUAUAAUGGUACAUACCCAUUGAAUGAUAUAACUUUAGUUAUUUUAAAGAAGAAAGGUAUCCGAUUUCCUGCUGUUAUUAAACCUAUACGUGGCCGGAGAAGUCAGGGCGUUAAAAAGAUUGAUUCUAUUGAACAAAUGAAGGAAUAUGCAGAAAAGCUUCUAUCCACUGGAACUGUAAUUGAUGUUGUUGCUGUAAUUGAGAAUAGUACAUUUAUUAGCAACGAAGAAGCGCAGAAUGCAAUAUAUAAACAAGUCGCCCAAGAUUGUGAAAAGGCUGCACAAAUC